AUUGGCCGUGUCCUGCGCAUGCGCACGACCAGGCAUCCCCUGACAAGCAGACAUGGCGACGUCCCUGAUCUGCGGCCGCUUGACGGCAAGCCUGAGGAACUCGGGGCCCAGAGGCGCUCUUAGCGCCGCUUCCAAGGCUCUGGCGGGCUCUUCAGGUCUGCUGGGAGGCCACGCGUCGGCGCCGUGUCAGCAGCAGCAGCAGCAGCAACGGAGGAGCCUGUCCCUCCAUGAGUACAUGAGCCUCGGCCUGUUGAAGGACGCCGGCAUCGCGGUCCCCGCCGGCAUGGUGGCCGGCUCCUCGGACGAGGCCUACGCCGUUGCCAAGCAGAUCGGUUCCAAAGACCUGGUGGUGAAGGCUCAGGUGCUGGCAGGCGGACGAGGAAAAGGAACGUUCGAGGGCGGACUGAAGGGAGGCGUCCGGAUCGUCUACUCGCCCGAGGAGGCGCGGGACAUUUCCUCCCAGAUGAUUGGCCGCAAGUUGUACACCAAGCAGACGGGCGAGGCGGGUCGCAUCUGCAACCAGGUCUUCAUCUGCGAGCGGCGCUACCCGCGCCGGGAGUACUACUUCGCCAUCACCAUGGAGAGGUCCUUCCAGGGCCCCGUGUUGAUCGGCAGCUCGCAGGGGGGCGUCAACAUCGAGGACGUGGCGGCGGAAAACCCCGACGCCAUCGUCAAGGAGCCCAUCGACAUCGUGGAGGGCAUCAAGAUGGAGCAGGCGCUCAAGGUGGCGCAGAAGAUGGGCUUUCCGCAGCCGCUGCAGACGGAGGCGGCCGAGAACAUGAUCAAGCUCUACGACGUCUUCAUCAAGUACGACGCGUCCAUGCUGGAGAUCAACCCCAUGGUGGAGGACUCCUCGGGCAUUGUCAUGUGCAUGGAUGCCAAGAUCAACUUUGACUCCAACGCCGCCUACCGGCAGAAGAAGGUGUUUGACCUACAAGACUGGACCCAGGAGGACCCGCGCGACCGGCAGGCGGCCAAAGCCGACCUCAACUACAUCGGCUUGGACGGAACCAUCGGCUGCCUGGUGAACGGCGCCGGCCUGGCCAUGGCCACCAUGGACAUCAUCAAACUGCACGGGGGCACGCCCGCCAACUUCUUGGACGUGGGCGGCGGGGCCACCGCCCACCAGGUCACCGAGGCCUUCAAGCUCAUCACGUCCGACAGGAAGGUUCAGGCCAUUUUGGUCAACAUCUUCGGAGGCAUCAUGAGGUGCGACGUCAUCGCCCAGGGCAUCAUCAUGGCCGUCCGCGACCUCGACCUCAAGAUCCCCAUCGUGGUGCGACUGCAAGGCACGCGUGUGGAUGACGCCAAAGCUCUGAUUGCCGCCAGCCCGCUGAAAAUCCUGGCCUGCGAUGACCUGGACGAAGCUGCAAAAAUGGUGGUGAGGCUUUCGGAAAUCGUUUCGCUGGCGAAGGAAGCGCAAGUGGACAUUACCUUCCAGCUUCCCAUCUGAUGCUACAAGCAAGCACUCCCUGUUUGACUUCAUGUGGACACCAACCCCCAAGUAGCCCCUCCCCCUUCUCUGUGGCCUGAUGGCGGCGGGCAUCCUUCACCACCCCUUUAGCUUUUCUUCUGGCUGUUUAAUGCGCACACUCCCUCCCCGCCAGUGUUGACACACUCCACCGCACUAGCGCUCCUCACUGGACGCAGCUUCACACACAGCAGCUGCAAUGAAGAUAAAGGAUCACGGAAGGCAUUUUGGCUGGAAGACCACGCCACUAGCCCUUACUUGACACUGAUAAACGGUCGCGCCAUCUUUGAAGGCUAUGCGCUAGCUCCGAUUUAGCUCUGUGCUAAAGGUCCCAUUUGUCUUUCGAUUCCUCCCCGGUGUGUCGGUGGCGGCGGCGGCGGCUCUCGCCACCCAUCUCCUCCUGGUGAAUUAUUCACCGCUGCUGUAAUGGAACUUCUGCUUAAGC